GCGCACCUCAAGGCUCCAGCGUCUUCAUUUCCUCCAACUGGAGUUUGAGUGAGGAGCAGCAGGAGAACCAUGUCUCCAUCACAGACAUUUUCAGGUACAGAGCCAAACCAGCACAAGCGUGUAUCUGUGAAAUCUAAUCCUGGAUUCUUAGAGCGACUGAGUGAAACUGCAGGAGGAACAGCUUUUGGCAUCGGAUUGUUUUUUCUCUCAAUUUAUAUUCUCUUUACCAAUGAGGGACGAGCUCUGCAAACAGCGUCCUCUCUGGAUGAAGGUCUGUCUCAGGUUGUGUCGCUGGGGCCGUACUUCAGCCUUGAGCUGCAGAACAACAACCGUCUAGUUCACCUGUCUACUCAGCUGCACACUACAGAGCCCCUUUAUGACCCCAACUACAGAGUGGUGGUGCAGGCGGUGAAGCUGCAGAGGCAGGUGGAGAUGUAUCAGUGGGUGGAGUACCAGGAGAGCAAGGAUUACCAAGAGAAUGGAGAAACCAAAACUGAGACGACAUACACCUACAACACUGAGUGGAAAUCAGAGUUGGUCAACAGUCGCCAUUUUGACAAGGAAAUUGGUCACCAGAACCCAAGUGCCAUGGCGGUUGAGAGUGUGACAGUAGUGGCUCCUGAAGUCAGAGUUGGGCCCUUGGUUCUAUCUAAAGGCCUUGUGGAGCAGAUCAAUAACUUCCAGACUCUGAGUUUGAGGGAUUUCUCCACCUUGAGCUUGGACACUUUUCUCACCAUCUAUGAUGAUUAUUUCUAUCACACUCAAAACCCACGCAGGCCGGAGGUCGGAGAUGUGCGUGUGAGAUUCUCUUACGCUGGACUGAGUGGUGAGACGUCUCCACUGGGCCCGGCUCAGACUGUCAGCAUCGUGGCCAUGCAGAGAGGGGAGCAGCUGAUGGCAUUUAAAACCAAGUCAGGAGACACUCUGGAGAUCCUGUACCUGGAGGAUCUCUCUGCAGAGGACAUUUUUGAGCGAGCGCACCAGCACAACAGUUUGAAGACAUGGGGUCUCAGGGCUGCAGGAUGGGCCCUCAUGUUCCUCAGUAUUCAGUUGACCAUGCGCAUCAUCUACACACUGGUGGACUGGGUUCCUGUGCUCAGAGAGCUGGUGUCCGUGGGGCUGAAGAUCUUUGCCCUGUGUGUCUCCUGCUCUUUGUCUCUUCUUACCAUCGGAGUAGGUUGGCUUUUUUACCGACCGUUAGUGGCAGUGGCUCUGGGAGCGCUGGCUCUGCUCCCAGUGUUUCUCGCCCGCUCAAGACUUCCAGCCAAGAAGAACAAAUGACUCUUGAGGUGGUGAUUAUCAAAGCACUUCCUGACACCUUCAAACGUGAGGGUACCGUGGCAAACUGCAUAGGAUUGGAUUUCUUGGGUUAAACACACCAAAAAUGUAUCUAGUGUUCAAAUUGAUGUAAAAAUAAUUUACAGAGUUCCCCAUUGUCUCACCCUGAUAGAGAAUCACCUGGACCACAGUGUUGAUGUUGUCCAGUCAGAUUCAAGCUGUUGUUGCCUUUUAGCUCUGUUGUUAUCAGUUGUGGCCUUUCAGUAGUUCAUCCACUCAUAAAAUUCCUCAGCGUGGCCUUCUACAACAUAAAAUCACUUCAGGGUCAUUUUUACUUUAGUUGUCACUUUGUUAGGUACACUGAGUGGAACUAAUGCAGUCCCAUACCAAAUGCUAUAUAUAAAUAUACAUUUCAUGUUUUCGGUCUGUUGCUGUUGGAUUGUAUUAGUUUCAGCUGGUGUACCUAAUAAACUGCUUGAUUAAGUUCCUUAUGCAAUAUGUAAUCCCUCAUGUCCAUUGUAUAAUACUUUGUGCAUUGUCAGGGAAUUGGUCUGCAGUUGAAAAACUAAUGAGUAAAGAGCAAUUGUGAAUAAAAUGUACCUAGUUUUUAUUUGGAGAAUUGAUGUAACUGCUUUUUCCGACCAGUCUGAUCUGUCGGCACCAAAGUGGGGAUCUGCAAUUUAGUUUUAUAGUUUGUAUUAAGUGUAUGUUAAAUAAAGCACAUUUGUUAAA